AUGAAUACCAUAUCCAUUGUUCUGUUGCUAUGGUGCAUAGUAAUAAGUUGCUGGUAUGGAGCUGCACCAACCAGUGCAGCAUCAGCGCCUAUAGCAAAGCCUAAUUGCACAACGCAUUGUGGAGAUGUUGCCAUCCCAUACCCUUUCGGGAUUGGACCUAACAAAGAUUGUUACUUCGAUGAAUGGUUUCAAAUAGAGUGCAGGCACACCAACUAUACAACCUCAGCUAAUUACAGCAGGCAGGCGCCUUUCCUCAAGAGAGUCAACCUGGAGCUGCUAAGUAUUUAUCCGUUUAAAGAUGGCAGGCAAUCGGUUCAGGUUAAGAACCCUAUUACUUUCUUCAGCUGCGAGGGAAAGGAAACUCGCCAACCCCAGAAUUUGACGGGCAGUCCUUUCAUUUACUCUCAGACAGACAACAUAUUCAUUGCAGUGAGUUGUGGCCUCUCUGCCACUCUGACCUCAGAUCAUGGGACUGUCGCAGAAUGCGGGUCGAUUUGUCGAAACAAUACAAACAGCAACUUUCGUAACUGCCUUGGAGGUAUUGACUGUUGCCGACGUAUUCUUCCAAUCACAUGGGACAGGCGUAAACACAGCAGCGCUUUUAGUAUUGAGAUACAAUAUUCAAAUUCAUCAACAUCAGAUCCAAUGGGCGAUUGCAAUUAUGCAUUUUUGGUUGAGGAAAAGUGGCUUCUGAUUAACUUAUCGAAUGUUCGAGACGUGAAGCAUAUGGACAACGUUCCUGUGGUGCUAGACUGGAUCUUAAUCGCACAUGACUAUGGUGAAAGAUUCAGAGAAAAUCCAGACCUGACUGGUAACCACUCAACACCCCUUUGCACCAGAAAUUGGACUUCUUGGGGCGAUUGGGCCACCAUGAUUUGUGCCUGUCAGUCGGGCAUGGAAGGAAAUCCUUAUCUUCUCCAACCUUGUCAAGGUCUUGGCUCCGGUGUUGGGCUAUUGUUACUACUCAUUGGUGCAUGGUGGGUACACAAAAUCGUGAAGAAAAGGAAAACCAUUGCACGCGAGAAAAUGUUUUUCAAACGAAAUGGUGGUUUAUUGGUAGAGCAACAAUUAUCGUCAGGCAAAGUUAAUGUUGACAAAAUCAAGUUAUUCAAUUCAAAAGAAUUAGAAAAGUCCACCAACAAUUUUAGUAUUGAUAGAAUUCUUGGUCAUGGAGGUCAAGGUACCGUUUACAAAGGCAUGUUGGCAGAUGGAAGAAUUGUUGCAGUAAAGAAGUCCAAAAUGGUGGACAAAAGCAUGCUCUCGGAAUUCAUCAAUGAGGUUGUAAUUCUUUCACAAAUCAACCACAGAAAUGUGGUUCAAAUUAUGGGAUGUUGUUUAGAGACUGAAGUUCCACUUUUAGUCUACGAAUUCAUUCCAAAUGGAACUCUUUCUCAAUAUAUCCAAGAGCAGAUUGAGGAAUUCCCACUCACAUGGGACAUGCGGUUGCAAAUUGCCACAGAAAUUGCGGGUGCUCUUUCGUACUUACACAGUGCAGCUUCAUUUCCCAUUUAUCACAGAGACAUCAAGUCUGCCAACAUACUUUUGGAUGAAAAAUACAGAGCAAAAAUUGCUGAUUUUGGAACUUCAAGAUCAAUUUCCAUUGACCAAACUCAUCUAACCACAUGUGUACAUGGAACAUUUGGUUACUUGGACCCAGAGUACUUUCAAUCAAGCCAAUUUACGGAGAAAAGUGACGUCUAUAGCUUUGGAGUGGUCCUAGUUGAGCUCUUGACGGGUCAAAAACCAAUUUCUGCAGUAACAUGGUCACAAGAAAAAGAAUACAGAAGUCUUGCCACAUAUUUCAUUACCUCGACGCAAGAAGAUCGUCUGUUUAACAUUGUUGAUGCUCGAGUUCUGAAGGAGGGAUCUGAAGCAGAAAUCCAGGUAGUCGCUAACCUUGCAAGGAGAUGCUUGAAUUUGAACGGAAGAAACCGUCCUGCAAUGAGAGAGGUUACAUCAGAGCUAGAGGCUGUACAAAUGUCAAGGAAACCUUCCAUUAGUGCUGAUCAGCAAAAUUCUGAAGGGGUUGAUUUUGUGGAAGAUGAUUCAGUUGGGCAUUGGGAUGUUGAAUCACUUUCAGAAGUGUCGGCUAGCUACUAAAAACAUGGGUUU